CUGGGUCAGGGCCACAGAUCAAGCUUGGCUUCUGCCUGAAGCGUCCCCCACUCCUCCAGCCACAACCAGACACCAUGAGUGGCCGAGUCGGAGACCUGAGCCCCAAGCAGGCAGAGACCCUGGCCAAGUUCCGAGAAAAUGUGCAGGAUGUGUUGCCUGCCCUGCCCAAUCCUGAUGACUAUUUCCUUCUGCGCUGGCUCCGAGCUCGAAAUUUUGACCUGCAGAAAUCAGAGGCCAUGCUCCGCAAGUACAUGGAGUUCCGGAAGUCCAUGGACAUUGAUCACAUCCUUGAUUGGCAGCCCCCAGAGGUGAUCCAGAAGUACAUGCCUGGAGGCCUGUGUGGCUAUGACCGGGAUGGCUGCCCCGUGUGGUAUGACAUCAUUGGACCGCUUGACCCAAAGGGCCUGCUCUUCUCAGUCACCAAGCAGGACUUACUUAAGACCAAGAUGAGGGACUGCGAGCGCAUCUUGCAUGAAUGUGACCUGCAGACAGAGCGGCUGGGAAAGAAGAUUGAGACAAUUGUGAUGAUAUUUGACUGUGAGGGCCUGGGACUGAAGCACUUCUGGAAACCUCUGGUGGAAGUGUACCAAGAGUUCUUUGGCCUCCUUGAAGAGAAUUACCCGGAGACCCUGAAGUUCAUGCUCAUUGUGAAAGCCACCAAACUGUUCCCUGUGGGCUACAACCUCAUGAAGCCCUUCCUGAGUGAAGACACUCGCAGAAAAAUUAUAGUAUUGGGAAGCAACUGGAAGGACGGUUUGCUGAAACUAAUCAGUCCUGAGGAACUGCCUGUUCAGUUUGGGGGGACUCUGACUGACCCAGAUGGGAACCCCAAAUGUUUAACUAAGAUUAACUACGGUGGGGAGAUCCCCAAGUCCAUGUAUGUGCGGGACCAAGUGAAGACUCAGUAUGAGCACUCAGUGCAGAUCAACCGUGGCUCCUCACACCAGGUGGAAUAUGAGAUUCUGUUCCCAGGCUGUGUCCUCAGGUGGCAGUUCUCAUCUGAUGGUGCAGACAUUGGUUUUGGUGUUUUCAUGAAGACCAAGAUGGGGGAGCGACAGAGGGCUGGGGAGAUGACAGAAGUGCUGCCCAGCCAGCGCUACAAUGCCCACAUGGUGCCUGAAGACGGGAGCCUCACCUGCUCAGAAGCUGGUGUAUAUGUCCUGCGCUUUGACAACACUUAUAGCUUUGUCCACGCCAAGAAGGUCAGCUUCACAGUGGAGGUGCUGCUCCCAGACGAGGGCAUGCAGAAGUAUGACAAGGAGCUCACCCCUGUCUAGCCAGCCCCCUCACUUCUCAGAGACCCCUGACCCUCUCCUUUGUCUAUCUAUAUACUAUCCCCUCAGAAAUUGAUCAUUACUCCUCUUGACACUGAGACUAGUGAGUAGAGAAAAAGCUGCCUUGGGGAAGACUUAUAUGCUGUGGUUAGAUCAGGAAAGGUAUGAGAGGCACAGUUUUGGAGGAUGCCAAGAUUGCAUAGGGGAAGAAGCAAGGCAAAAGCAAGAGGUGAAUGUCACUGAAACCCAAGAAAUAGGAAAUGAAUCCUUAGCUUUUGUCCUCACUUCUUCUAAGGCAUUUGUGUGUGUUUGAAUUUCUUCCCUAUCAUCUAUGAGCCACGUGGGUUACAGGUAUAUCUAAAUUCUUUUUACUCCUACUCCAUAUACAGUAGAUGUUCAGUGUAUACUUGUGAAGUUGAAUUAAGGUAAUGAGCAAGUAAUUCAUGGGUAUGCCUGACAAGAAGGAACCUUACCCGGAGCAGGUUUCAGCACCUCGGACAGAGACAGGGCUGUGGGAGCAGGGGACUCUCCUGCAGGACCCAGGUGAUCUAGCCCCCAGGUUUCUGGGAGUGGCUGCCCCCUCAGGAGGGUAGGAGAUGCCUGCAUAAGGCUUUGUCUGACUCAGCACACAGCUUUCCCAACCCAUCACUCUGACCCUUACCCUUUUCCCUUGGAAUUCACAGCUUAUAUUUUAAACAAUUAAAGAAAUUUUACUGGAA